UGUGCCGGCAAGAGUGCCACCUACCAGCGGCGUUGCUGUUUCCGUUGGUGAAAGAACCAUGAAGCUGCUGCUCAUGGUAACCGCGGUUGCAUUCCUCCUAGGUCCUGCCCAGAGUCUUCCCUUACUUCGCAGCAGCAUAUUCGGUAGACGUCGAGCAACGGAACGACCACUGCUAGCCCUAUCACUGGAGUCGAGUGAAACGGCCCCGGCACGGGCACCCGAGGACUCAGAAUCGGAACCGCUAUCGGCUGCUGGUGAGCUGGAGGAUUAUGACGAUGAAGACAGUGAACCAAUGCAAUGGGACCACCACCCUCCAACGUACCACGAGCUCUGGGCGUCAACCUCGCAAAGCUUCUACGACGUACUGCUGAAUGUACUGCAAUUAGUGGGCAACCAGGUCCGACAGGAGGUGCAGCGGACGCGUGUGCAACAAGCAGCCGCACUCCACCCAUUGCCCAUCAGCGAUGAGUAUUACGAUGAUGACGACGACUAUGGCGACUACGACGAUGCAUACGACGACGAUCUGAUGGUCUGAUGCAUCAAUUUGCUGACUGGAGCAAAAACAUAAUUUAAUUCCUGUGAUGGGGGUAAGAAGCGGAGUAGUAGCGUGGAAGGGACGGUCGGAGAGUGGGAACUGGAGCACCGAGACCCGGCUGAUUGACAUUGAAUUUCAAUUGGGCCUCCAUUGCGUGGAGCGCAGGAAGUAAUUGAUUUCAGGGUUAGCCAACCGCGGGAACACGUGACGCCAAUGUAGUACGCUAAAUUGUGUUGAAAAAAAGAAACUGUGAAAUGUAUUAAAUCAACAUCCGUACCGUGCCCGUAGAGAGUCAGAACACUCGCCACUGCUUACACUGCUCCGGGCUGAUAGGGUGGUUUGACCUAUGUGAUCGACACACCAUUACAGCGUUUGCAUUGCCGAUAGGACUGAUCGUAUGGUGCGUGUUCGUGUGCCCAAUAAUCAGCUGAUAAGAGGGGAAAGGGAUUCGGUAGGAAAUUCCGGAGAAUUUGCUAGCUACACACAAACACGCACACGGUGAGGUUUCUUUUCUGCCAUUGAACUGCGCUUAUGUCGCCCUUAAAAGCACCAUCCCUAUCGAUCCUCGCCUCACCACACGAGAUGGGGAUGUAGUUGUUUAAACUGUACGUUAGGCCACCGCAAUCGCAAGUAAAUAAAACAUGACUUCACGGGCGACGACAUUCAGCAUUCGUGUGCGAUAACUCCUCGGUGUCGGUUCGCUACUUUCGUGCUGCUAAACGCUAGCUGCUGUUGACCACUGUGCCCGCCUGUGACAAGAUCAACCCAGUAGCAACCAUCAUGGCCAAGCUAGCGCUGCUUUUCAUUGUGAUCUUCUGCAUCAUCCAGUUCACCGUUGCUGCUCGCCUACGCCGUGACACGCUUGAGGAUGGCAUUGAUGCCAUCAAGAACAAAGUCGGCGAAGUCCUGAACAAGGAGACAGUGGAUACCUUCAUAAGCAAGUUGAGUGAGUUUGGGAAUCUGAUCAAAACGAAGGGAGAAGAUCUUUUCACGAAUAAGCAGUCCGUUCCCGAGGUUCCCGUCAAUAAGGAAUGAGCGGUUACAUUGAUGUUUUCUUGUCAGUGUCCCUUUCAAAGCCAAUCUUGGAGCUGUAAAAAAUAAAUAUCAUUUAACAAACCACACAA